AUGGCCGACGUCAAGCGAUUCUUCUCCUCCCCUCGCUUCGCAGUGGCGGGCGCCAGCAAUGACGCACAUAAGUUCGGAUACAAGAUCCUCGCCUGGUACCAUCAACACUCCCUGCCGGUGACACCGCUCAACCCCCGAGCAGCGCAGAUCACCCUCCCCUCGCGUGCCUACGAUACGGUCCCCUCACCGUCCAAGCUGCCCUCGCCGCUACAGACCUCCCUCUCCGUGGUGACUCCACCGCCUGUAACGCUGAAGGUACUGCAGGAAGCUCACUCGGUGGGGAUCCCUGCAGUGUGGUUGCAGCCUGGUACCUUUGACGACUCGGUGCUAGAUUAUGCUCGCGGUCACUUUGAAGCGGUUAUUGCUGGUGACGGGGGAGCGGGCGGCGAGGGAUGGUGCGUUCUUGUUGAUGGUGAUGAGGGACUCGAGGCUGCGGGUGUGAAAUGGACAAGCCAGCGAUUGUAA